UAAUAUGGUGUUUAAAGGAUAGCGUCUAAAACGUAGUGUUUAAAACGUAAUUUUAUACUAUAGUGUUGCAUUAUACAUAUUUGCUAAAAAAUAAGUACUUUGUGCGCUAUUAAACGUAUAAAACUUGAGUGACGAAUAUUACUCGGUGUAAAAUGAUGGAUACAGUAAAUGAGUCGAGUUUGUAUAGAUUAGAAGGGAUUGCGAAAAAUCAAGCAGGAGGUUUGAUUAUUCGGAAGAAACCCUCUGAUCAUACAUUUAAAAAACCUCAGGUAUCUGUCUUGGGUCUUGACAAACUUGCAAAACGAAAAAGGCAAGAAAAUUUACAGGAGGUUAACUCACUGAAAUCUGAAUCAAGUUCACCAAAAUCAGAGAUUAAGAAAAGAAAAUACAGAUCUUAUGCUGAAGAAACUCCAACUCAUACUGGUGGGGCGAAUACUGAGGCACAACAAAGAUUAGAAGCACGAUUAAAGCAUCAAAGAUUGAGUGCACAGGACAAAAAUCAUAGAGACAAUUAUAAGGACAAAGAUCGGAAUAGAGAUAGGGAUGGGAAUAAGGAUCGAUAUAGAGAUUGGGAUAGAGAAAGAAGUAGAAGCAGAGACAGUGUUAGAGAUAGUAGUAGACAAACACCCUUAAGGUUUAAAGAUAAACCUCAAACUCCAAUAUUUAAUACAAAGGAUUCAAGAUCUAAAAGUAAUUGGGAUGAUGACGAAGAUGAAGAACCGAGAAAACCCAGUUGGGAUCAUCCGUGGGAAGAAGAGCAACAAAGACUGGAUAGAGAAUGGUAUGCCUUGGAUGAUGGAGAAAAUCAUGCUUUUGCUGACGUUUCUGAAGAAUACAGCAGUAAAAAGGAAAUGGAAUUGGAAGCAAAAAGACAGAAGCUUCUUUCCUCACAACAGCGACAGGUAAAUAAAGAUAACGAAUUGUGGGAACGUAACAGAAUGUUAACAUCUGGUGUCAUAAGUUCCUUGGAUCAUGAUGAUGAUCCUGACGAUGAAGGAGAAACCAGAGUACAUCUAUUGGUCCGUAAUGUUGUUCCACCAUUUCUGGAUGGUCGAAUUGUAUUCACUAAACAAUCAGAGCCUGUUGUACCUGUACGUGACCCUACUUCUGAUAUGGCAGUUGUAGCAAGAAAAGGGUCGGCCUUGGUAAGAGCAUAUCGCGAAGAAAAAGAGCGGAAAAGGGCGCAGAAAAAGGAUUGGGAACUAGCUGGAACUCAUAUCGGUAAUAUCAUGGGUGUACGUGAUAGACAAAAAGAGGAUAAGGAAGAUCCAGGUCAAGAAACUGACUUCAAAGCUGGACAAAAAUAUGCGCUUCAUAUACGGGAUGAAGUUAAUGGAAAAGCUAAAUACAGGUCCAUUCAACACCAGAGGAGGAGUCUUCCAGUAUUUGCUGUACGACAAGAAUUACUAAAUGUAAUUAGAGAAAACAGCGUAGUAGUUAUUGUUGGAGAAACUGGCAGUGGAAAAACAACACAACUGACUCAAUAUCUACACGAAGACGGUUAUAGUCGCUAUGGCAUAAUUGGAUGUACACAACCAAGAAGAGUAGCAGCUAUGUCUGUAGCAAAAAGAGUUUCUGAUGAAAUGGCUACUGCUUUAGGAGACAAAGUCGGUUAUGCUAUUCGUUUUGAGGAUUGCACUUCAAAAGAUACCGUUAUUAAAUAUAUGACCGAUGGUAUCUUAUUAAGAGAAAGCUUAAGGGAAGAAGAUUUGGAUCAAUAUAGUGUAAUUAUCAUGGAUGAAGCUCACGAAAGAUCUUUAUCUACUGAUAUUUUAUUUGGUUUGCUGAGAAAGGUUGUAGCCAGACGACAUGAUCUGAAAUUGAUCGUAACAUCCGCUACAAUGGACUCUAGCAAAUUUUCAACAUUUUUUGGAAAUGCUGCGACAUUCCAAAUUCCAGGUCGCACAUUUCCAGUUGAAGUACUACACGCAAAGAAUCCAAUCGAAGACUAUGUUGAUGCUGCUGUCAAACAAGUGUUACAAAUUCAUUUGCAACCUCGUUCAGGCGAUGUAUUGGUCUUUAUGCCCGGUCAGGAAGACAUUGAAGUUACUUGCGAAGCUUUGAAAGAACAUUUAGCAGAGAUCGAAUCUGCUCCUCCACUUACCAUUCUACCUAUUUACUCGCAACUGCCCUCGGAUUUACAAGCUAAAAUUUUCCAACGUUCAGAGGAAGGUUCGCGAAAAUGCGUUGUAGCAACAAAUAUAGCCGAAACUUCAUUAACCGUCGACGGAAUUGUAUUCGUCGUGGACUCUGGCUAUUGCAAGUUGAAAAUUUAUAACCCACGAAUUGGUAUGGAUGCUUUACAGGUAUAUCCAGUGUCCAGAGCAAAUGCUGAUCAAAGAGCAGGAAGAGCAGGACGUACUGGUCCUGGUACCUGCUACAGAUUGUACACGCGAAGACAAUAUUUAGACGAACUACUAUUGACCGGAGUUCCAGAAAUACAGCGUACCAAUCUUGCAAACACUGUAUUGUUACUGAAGUCUUUAGGUGUUCAAGAUAUAUUGGGUUUUCAUUUUAUGGAUCCUCCACCACAAGAGAAUAUACUAAAUUCUCUCUAUCAGUUGUGGAUGUUAGGUGCAUUGGAUCAUACAGGACGUUUAACGCCUUUGGGACGACAAAUGGCAGAAUUCCCCUUAGACCCGCCACAAUGUCAGAUGCUUAUUGUUGCUUCUCAACUCGGUUGCACUGCAGAUAUACUAAUCAUAGUUUCUAUGCUGUCAGUGCCUUCGAUAUUCUACCGACCCAAAGGUCGCGAAGAAGAUUCUGAUUCAGCGAGAGAGAAGUUUCAAGUACCAGAGUCUGACCACCUAACAUAUUUAAAUGUGUACAAUCGGUGGAAGGCGAAUGGUUAUUCCAAUUCUUGGUGUAACGCUCAUUUUAUUCACGCGAAAGCUAUGCGGAAAGUAAGAGAAGUUCGACAACAGCUGGAAGAAAUUCUCAAACAACAAAAGAUGGAAGUUGUAAGCUGUGGCACGGACUGGGACAUUGUACGGAAAUGUAUUUGUUCGGCAUACUUUCACCAAGCAGCUCGUUUGAAAGGUAUUGGCGAAUACGUGAAUUGUCGUACUGGAAUGCCAUGCCAUCUUCAUCCGACGUCAGCUUUGUUCCGUAUGGGGUUCACGCCAGACUACGUGGUUUAUCAUCAACUUGUGAUGACUGGCAAGCAGUACAUACAAUGCGCGACUGCCGUUGAUGGCCACUGGCUAGCCGAAUUGGGCCCUAUGCUUUUUAGCGUAAAGGAAACUGGAUAAAGCGGACGAGCAAAACGACGUGCAAGACAUUUACAUGAAACGGAAGGGCAAAUGAAAGAAGCGGAAGAAGAAACGAAAGCUAGGGCGCGAGAACAACUUGAACGUGAACAAGUUUCUAUCAGGAAGUAAGUUUCUUGUGUUUCAAAUUUAUAAUACAUACAGUAUCUCAUAAAAGUAUUUGAAUUACCGUAGAAAGCUUAAUAUAAGUUUUUUAUAAUAUUUAUCUGAUAUUUUGUAUCAUUAAUUUUUAUGAUAUUCUUUUAUAUUGUUUAC